AUUGUGUCAAUCAAUGUUGCUCUAUUUGUAAUAAAUUUGGAUUCAAACAAAAAUACAUAAAAAAAAUUCUUAACAAAAUGUUAAAAGCAAAUUAAAUGGGCAUUUGAAAAGCGGUUGUCGUACAAUACUUGGAUAGAGCCGUUGCACAGAGCUUUUGUGGUGUGGCAAAGCUUUCCACGCGAAUCAGUAGUAAACGCGCUACUGGACUGAGAGCACGCGGGCUAAAGAAACCGAGGCAAAUCAACUAAACAUAAAGAAGUGAAGCAUAAUUUGUGUGCAGCCUUCGCAAUUUAUUUGAAGUCGAGUGAUAAGAAAUAAGGAAGCAAUCAUGAGCAAACAACUGGCGCGUCGUGUGGGCCAAGUCAAUAAAUUCUUGACUGCUGCGUCCGCAAAUGCUGCGGCUACCCACAACAAUUACUACACCUAUGUCCAGGAGUUGUCCCAUCCUAUUGACCGAGAGCCUCCAAUUGUCUCAGCCGAGGAAGCUGUCAGCUGCAUUAAGUCUGGUGAUACCGUUUUCGCCCAGGGCGCUGCCGGUACUCCAAAUGUGCUCCUCAAUGCGAUGACCCAGCAUGGCAAGUGCAACAAGCUGGAGAAGAUCACGGUCUGCCACAUGCACACUGAGGGACCCGCCGAGUACUGCAAGCCGGAGUACAAGGACAUCUUCCGCUCCAACUCGUUCUUCAUGGGCGGCAAUGUGCGCAAAGCUGUUGCCGAGGGCCGUGGCGAUAAUGUGCCCAUCUUUUUGCACGAGAUUCCUCAGUUGUUCUACAAGAAGAUUGUCAAGCCCGAUGUGACCUUCAUUCAUGUGUCGCCCCCAGAUCGUCAUGGUUUCUGCUCGCUCGGCACCAGCGUUGAUUGCGUGCGUGCUGGUCUGCUCAACUCCAAGAAGAUUGUCGCUCAAAUCAAUCCUAAUAUGCCUCGUACUUUUGGCGAUUCCAUCAUCCACAAAUCGCACUUUGACUUUGCCGUCGAGGUCAACGAAAAACUGCCACAACAUGGAACAGGUGAAAUCUCGCCGGUGGAGCAGAAGAUUGGCAAACUGAUUGCCGAGAAUCUGGUAAAAGAUGGUGCCACACUGCAGAUGGGCAUUGGCAGCAUUCCAGACGCUGUGCUUGCCGCUCUCCACAAUCACAAGGAUCUGGGCAUUCACUCCGAGAUGUUUGCCAACGGUGUUGUUGAUCUGGUCAAGAAAGGUUGCGUCACAAACAGCAAAAAGAAGAUGCACCGCGGACGCAUUGUGGGCUCUUUCCUCAUUGGCGAUCAAGCCUUGUACGACUUUGUCAACGAUAAUCCUUUCAUUGAGAUGCUGGUCAUUGACUAUGUGAACAACACGAGCAUUGUGAAGCAACAGCCCCGCAUGACGGCCAUCAACAGCUGCAUUGAGGUCGAUCUAACUGGCCAGGUUUGCUCCGACUCAAUUGGCACACGCUUCUACUCCGGAUUUGGUGGACAGGUUGAUUUCAUUCGUGGCGCUGCCGAAGGUCUUGAUGGUUUGGGUGUGCCCAUCAUUGCCAUGCCUUCGACAACCAACAAGGGAGAGAGCAAGAUUGUGCCUGUGCUGAAACCCGGUGCCGGUGUUGUCACGUCGCGUGCCCAUGUCCACUAUGUUGUCACCGAACAUGGCAUCGCUUCGCUCUUUGGCAAAAAUGUGCGCCAGCGUAUGUAUGAGCUCAUCCAAAUCGCCGACCCCAAGCACCGUGAGGCGUUGGAGAAGGCCGCCUGCGAGAGAUUAGGAGUUAUGCCAUCGCCCAAUUAAUUAUGCCCGUACGUCAUAAAAAACGCAUCUACAACUUUGGAACUACACUAACAGUCGAUACAAUUUAUAUGUGCGAAGCUGAUAUUAUUUUUUUGUAAUGCAUUCUUUGAAAUUCCGGUAAUAUAAAAAACUGACCUACAGCUGAUAAAUAAAAACCAAAAUAUAAGAAA